GUUGAGUUGGGGGGUCUCGUUGGGUUGAGUUGGGGGGUCUCGUUGGGUUGAGUUGGGCCGCCAGUUUAGAAUAAAAGUGAGUAAAGAACCCCGGUAUAAAGGAAGGUGAGGCUUCUGGGGGAGAUCAUAAUACAGAAGUAAGGGCUCUGCUCACCAUUGUAUGUGUAGAUGAGGAAGCUCUGACUAGUGGGAAGAUCGGAGCGAGGUUUGCCCAGACUUGAAAAGGAAUAGAUAGGUGAUCGUGGUCUGAGUAAGAGGUAGGUGUACGAGGAAGAUCCAAGUUGGGUUCUAUAAUAGGUGAGGCAGUCUCAGAGUAAGGUCAGAGGGCAAGGUGACUGAACUAGAGGUGGGCCCAUGCUCAGGGUGGAGGAAUAAGUCGGGUUUAAGCUCCUGUAAAUUGUGACAUUGACGCUAGGAAUCUUGCUGACCUGAUUUCAGUUUACGAGUUUAGAAUCUGCUCAGACAGGUCAGGGCAGAUCCGGGCGAGUGACUUGCUUCAGGGUAGUUCAGUUUAAAUGUUUGUAUCCAUCAUAAAGACCAGACAGGCGUGCAGGUGACCUACUUGUUACAAUGUGCAGCGGGUUAUAGAGGACGAUGUUGUGUUUGGUUGGUAGGAUGUGCAGCCUGUCCUCCCAACAAUGACAUAGUGUGACGGGAAGAGGUGUCUUCUGCCUCUCGGAAUUGACUUCCUGCACCAGUUUGAAUUUUUUUUUCUCACAAGCUGUCCAAGAAAUCAGCAUCCUCGAUGUGGCUGCAGCAGAGGCUUAAGGGACUCCCAGGGCUGCUGUCCAGCAGUUGGGCUCGCAGGGUCCUCGCAGUCUUGGGGUUCCUUUUCAUCAUCUACUGGUAUAUGUCCUCGGGACCGAUGUACAGAUUUUGGUCCUCGGGUCAGCCUCGCGGUGCUCCUGGAGCUUGCCUUCAGACACAGACUAAGCAAUGGAAAGCACUUGCAGAGAAAGGAGAUGUGAUGAUAGUUGCACAUCCCAAUGAAGAAGCCAAAUUGCAGGGCCCAGCCGCGGUUGGCAAUGGACAUAUUGUUGUUGAUGUUGGAAAAAAUUCCUUAUGGGUAUCCUCCUCAUCUGUAUCUUUUCACUUGACGGACUAUCCCCUGUUGACUUUUGUAAAGCAUUCAGGUACUUCGUCAGAAGUCCACGCCACUGCCGUUUUCCUUAGAGAGGGUUUGAUACGGACGGUUCGUUGCAUGCAGAUUGAGAAGUCAGACUCCGCCAGGGACUGUGUUUCUGUCCGGGAGGACUACUUUGCCCACAGAAGCCGACCUCACGUGUAUGUUCAGAGGAUCCAUAUCAACAACCCCAGUGACAGAGUUGUGGCUUUUGAUAUCGCUACUCAGAAGCCACUUGCUGGGGCCAAAUUUUCCAGCAGUGUCGAGAAGGUCCAAGAUCGACAAUUCUUCCUUGCCUCUGGGCGGGUCUCGUUGGAAGAUGGAAAAAGUAUGCUGGUGGUGGUUGCCACCAAAAAGGUGGUCAGCAGGGUGCAAGUCAGCCCUAAAUCUGAGUUUGAUGAGACGUUUGUGUCUGUUAUUUACACAUCCGAUCCAAUUGAUUCUGGAAAACUGGAAGAGACUUUUAGCAAGUUACGGGAGGCUGCCAAGAAAGAGAUGGUGGAAGUGAUGCGGAUGAGGGUGGAGGACUUGUUUAAUGAGCAUCAGCAGAUAUGGUCUGAUUUGUUUGUCUCAGGAAUUGAGAUGAGAAAGAUCAAAGAUGCUCACACUCCUACCAGUGACACCAUCAACAUCACUCUUUACUACAUGCUGUCCUGCUCCUUAGCGCCUCUUGUGGACCCUCUUAUAAACAAUGAAGAACGUGAAAAGAUGGAACUGACACUAAAUUAUGCCGACCACUGUUUUAGCGGUCACGCCAGCAUGCAUGCCGAGAAUCUUUGGCCGAGCAAAUUUGGGGGGAUCGCCCAGCUUCUCCAGCUCUGGGACCUUUGGAAACUGACCUUACAAAAAAGAGGGUGCAAAAGCCUCGUGGUGGCUGGUGCCCACGGGCUCAUGCAGGGGAUGAUGCUUAGCUUUGGUGGUCUACAAUUCACAGAAAACCACCUACAGUUCCAGUCCGACCCGCAUGUCCUUCACAACAGCUAUGCCCUCAGAGGAAUUCAUUACAACAAAGACCUCAUCAAUCUCGCUGUCCUGCUUGAUCUGGAUGAAAAGCCAUUCCUUCACGUGUCGGUGAAGUUCCAGGAUAAGCUGGUGAAACUUUAUGCCUGUGAGGCCGGGUGUUUAAAUGAGCCGGUGGAGCUGACAUCGGAGAUCAAAGGGCAUAUAUUUCCCGUCCUGGUGACUCAGCCAUUGACACCAUUGCUGUAUAUCUCCACUGAACUGACGCAUCUGCAGGAUUUGAGGCACACCUUGCAUCUGAAGGAGAUCUUGGCCCACGAGGAGCACAUGGCCAAGCAGUAUCCAGGGCUUCCCUUCCUCUUCUGGUUCAGCGUGGCCUCUCUGAUCACACUCUUCCAUCUCUUCUUGUUUAAGCUGAUCUACAAUGAGUACUGCGGCCCCGGGGCUAAGCCCCUCUUCCGGAGUAAGGAAAAUGACACUGUAUGAGCAAAAAAAAAUAAAAAAUAUCGGUCAUAUGAAAACCACCCUAUGCAACUG